AUGAACCGUUUCCGCAAGAAUAAGAAGGUGAAGGACACCUCGGGGGAGAUCGAGGGGGAAUCUCCAACAUUCAGCCUAAAGGGAUCCAAGAAGAAGGACGUCCAGCAACCCAAACCCGAACCGGAUUUUGACCUUUCCGCCGCCCUCCCCCCAUCAGAUAACUUCCGGACGAGUUUGCUGAUGCCAAAGCUGUCGGCUCGGUUUAGCAUGCUGAAGGAACAAGAUGACCCCCUCUCAUUACUCGGAAAGGCGAGUGACGACAGCGUGCUGUUCCCCAAACGCGCCUCACGAUUAAAUCUGUUCGGACACAACCCGAAUAUGCUCGCGGAUAUCGAUGAAUGUUCCUCCAACGAUGGGAGUCGGCCCUCGAUCGCUCUCGGCCGCACAGACUCAGGACGUCGCGCAGAAGGAAAUAAUCUGUUUGGUGGCCGCCAGAAGGUUUAUAAGAUCCCGGUUCGAGGCCCAGGGGCACCGAAUGGAGCACCAGAAGGUGGUAAUCGGGGGAUGGGAAAGCCGGUGUAUGACCAUGACAUGAAUCUCUCCGCUUUCCAGCGACUACGUUUAAAGGAGAAGGAAGAGAAGGCCGCGGAGGAGGCGCGCGAGGCUGCUGCUCGGCAAUCAGAAGACGCCCCGUCGACUGUCUCAUCGAACGAUCGAACCACUUACUCUUCUACGGCCUCCGGACCUCUAUCAAAUGUUCAGUCAUUGACCCCUGCGACGUCGAUCGACGAAUCGCCAUUAAGCGCAUCAUCCUUACCACCGGCGGGUGGAUAUCCAUUCCCAGAAACCGUGGCCGAGCCCCAUCGGUCGAAUUCCGCCAUGUCUAACCCGAAAACUGGUUCGAUUCGAUCUCGUCGUCUCUAUGGUCAAGGAUUGACCCAGGCAGCUCAGAACCAGCAGACCUCGACUUUGUACCGUCUGGAAAGCCUGAGCCGCCAGCGUGCAGGGACGCCUGAUCUUCCUUCUUUAAAUCGCAACUACUCCCGGAGUGCAUCCAACCUGCGUGAUCGUCUGCAAAAGCUUGCUAUUAAUGAGCCUGCUUCAGCUUCUCCUACUAGCCCACCUUCGUCUGCAACCUCUCCCAAACCCCGCAUUUCCGGAGAGUCUGCUUUGAAAGAGCGCCUCUCGCCAACAGCAGCAACUUUCGGGGCUGCUCCUCCAUUGAGUCCUCCCUUCAGUGAGUCCGAGGAUGUUUCCGCCCUCUUGGCUGCUUCAAUUCACCCCGAAGACCACGGCAAGGCGACUGCCAUGGGCCUGUUCAACCGCCCUGCCACAGGUUUCGACGAGCAAGCGUUCUCCCGUCGUCAGCUUCAGAUGCAUCAGGGACGAGAAACCCCACCGCCGCGACGAGCGUCACCCCCGCGCCGGCCUCUUCCCGCAGAGCCUGUGAACCAACGCCCACGAGGAUUGUCCAAGUCUAGCUAUCGUUCCAGAGCCGAGUCUGCCUCUUCUCACUACAGUAGCGAGGCACACCGGGGCGUUGAUCACUCCCGUGCCUCCAGCAUUGAGGCUUCCCCUUACAGGCUAGGAGCGAAGACUUUCUAUGCCAAUUCCACAGCUAGCGACUCGGGGGAUGAAGGCGAUGAUCGGCGCUCGCACGACCUCUCGUCAGCGACAUCCUUGGCUACAGAAUACGGCCAGUCCAUCCAGCGUUCUAGCAUGGUAUCGAACACCCCGUCAACUCAAACCAAGGAUCACCUCGAGACUCUCCCGGAAGUGAGAUACUCGGAUCUAGGUGACCUGAAGCCCAUUGAGGAGAAUGAUUAUUUCGAUGCCGCUUCCUCGCAUGAAGCUGUCCCACCGAGACCUGAUUCCCCGACAAUUCAGGCGGACCCGGGACUCGGUGGAAUGGGGGGAAUGGUUCGCUCUCACCUUCGCCAGCAAAGUGAUCGAUCCUCUAUUUUCCCUCCCCCGUCACCCCGUCUUCCUGAGCAUGAGCCAGAGGAGCGUGUGUCACAGGAAUCCAUUCCGCUGUACCAACAAUCCCGCGAAGAUGCUCGGCCGUCAUCAGCUGCACGCCCCAGUACGUCAAGCUCGCAUACUCCUUCCGCUCACUCUGCAGAGGGAAGCGGUUCUCGUAACAGCGAAGACUCUUCCGCCCCUGGCACUAUUGGCGACAGCUCGAAGACCCCAUCGUGGAAAGAGGAAAUGGCGUCGUUCUCCCACCGCCGCGACGGAAGCACUGAGACCCAGAAGGAACGUGAGGAGUUCGCCAUUGAACUGGCCGAACGGCGCAGAAAGGUGCAGGAGAAGCUCCGAAGUGUUGCCGAGAGCGAGAGUCGAUCUAGCAGUCCUACUCCUGGCCGCUCAACCCCCGACUUCACCAGGACUGGAAAUGCAUUUGCUAUGUUGAAGCAAAAGGCUAGCAAGCAGGUCACCCCCAAGCCCGACCAGAAGAAGCUCUUUGGUUACAACAACUCGUCCUCCCCUGCCCUUGCUUCGGAUGAGUCGUGGCGCGAGGAACGUCCCCCUUUCAGCUUUGGUCAACACUCCAACUCUAGCUCUCCUCAAGUGGGAGAGCGUUCUCUCAGAUCACGUAUGCCCACUCUCAGUCGCAACAACAGCAACGAGGAGUCGCGCGAGUCCAGCCGCAGCCGUGGGCCAUCUCCGCACGGUGGUUUCCGGUCCCAGAGAGAGCGUUCGGGAUCUGAUGCAUCUGGCCGCUCUAAGAGCCGCACCAGAUACCGCGAGCGUGAUGAUCUCCAGACUGUCGAUGAGGGAUCAGUUAUUGCGCAUGAUAACUUCGUUGUCCCUGAUGGAUUCGAACCUCCCAUGCCCAGUUCUCUCCCCGCCUCCAACCGCCCAUCGGCUGAGAUGGCUGAGCCAGGGUAUUUUGAUCGGACGCCAUCUGGUGCCUCCGGUAGAUAUCGUAGCACCAGCCGCUCCGGGACCCCGAGCUUCCAAUACGAGCGUCCAUUCCAGUUCCCCAACUCUAACACGUCCUCAAUCAUCGGCGCCUCGCCUCGACCUUCGCCUGCUGCCCCUCCAUACUCUGCCAAUGCAACUCCUCCUUUGAACGAGGUCCCAGCCAAUGCCUCAUCCACGUCCCUCGCAUCCACAGCCAUUUCCACCCACACAACCCCCCAACGUGCUCCAGGACCUGGAUCUCUCCUCAAGCGCCCGGUGAACAAGAAGCAAAUCUCAGAGCCGACCUUCGUCUCUUCAACAUCCAACGUCCCACUCGUUGGCCUUCAGUCCCAAACCAGCAACGCCCCUCCCCUUCCCCCCAUGAACCCACGGCGUCGCCGCGGCACAGCAACUCAGACUAUCCUGGGUGCUUUCAAGAUCGACAAGCACGACUCGUCGCGGGUUGCAUCACCAGCUCCAAGCACCACGGAGGAACAAAGCGUCUUUCCAGACGACGAAUCUCGUCCCCGUUCCCGCAAUCGUCUUCGCAAGACUUCCAGCGAGGGUGGUAACCUGAACGCGCGGGCGCGCCAGGAAUCCCGGCCUAGCUCUCCUCCAGCCGUCCCUCAAUACCCUCCCCCUGCCGUUCCUGCUGAUGGUGGCAUGUUCUAA